CUUUACGAAUAAAGCCGCUCACAAAUGAUGACGUAAAUUGUUUACCAACACGAUUUCAGCGUCAAGUUAUUACAACAAAUCCCACCAUUCCGAAUUCGAUAAUCGUUCAAGGUGAAAAGAAACAAGUAUUUAGUUAUGAUUACGUAUUUGGCCCGGAAUCAACACAAGAAGAAGUUUACACAAGUGCUAUUGUAAAAUUAGUUGAAAAUUUUUUAGAAGGAUAUAAUGUAACAAUCUUGGCGUAUGGUCAAACUUCAUCGGGUAAAACUCAUACGAUGGGCACAGCUGAUAAUUCUUCGAUAUCUUUAGAUUCAAAAGGAAUAAUUCCCCGAGCAAUGGAAACUUUAUUUUCAAGCAUGAAUUCUUUACAAUGCAAAAAUCAAAAAUUUUCUAUAAAAGUUUCUUUCAUAGAGAUAUAUAACGAAGAUUUAAUUGAUCUUCUUGGUGAAGGCGAUAUGGAAAGUCGAUCACAGGUCACAAUCAGAGAAGAUUCCAAGGGUAAUAUUUUAUGGAACGGAUUGCAAGAAAUAAACGUAAACGGUGUUGAUGAUGUUAUGAGUCAUUUAGCUCGUGGUUCUAUGAAUAGACAAGUUGGUGCUACAGAAAUGAAUUCUAAAUCUUCUCGGUCCCACGCAAUAUUUUCAGUCAUCAUGGCACAACAAAAAUAUGUAGGAUCUCCGAUGACACCAUCUUCAGCUCCGCCUAGACCCGCAACUCCUUCAAGAUUAUCUGAAUCUUCAAAAAUAGCUCGAUCAUCAUCAAAUUUGAAUUUAAGAAUGAGUCGAAGAUUUGAUGAAGAAGUGGAAUCAAAUAAUCAUCAUCAUCAAGGAGUAAUAUCAGGUUUUUCUUCAGCAUCAGAUGAAGAAAAAUUAUUAUUAUCUUCUAUUGCACCUGGUGCCUUAUCCUUAAAGGAUGAACAAGAUCGUUUAAUCGUUACUCUUGAAAAGAAAAAUGUUAUUAACGGUAUAGAAUUUGAUAAAAGUAUUGAAACAUUACAAAAUAACAUAAAAGAUUUGGAAGAACAACUUUUCAAAGCUAAAGAAUUACGAUCGCAAUUCGAAAAUGAGAAAUCUCAAUCAGGAGAAUGUGUUCGUCCACUCCAAAUUUCAAAAGAAGUUGCUGCUGAAAUGAUAGCUCUUC